AUGGAUUACCUCAACUCACAAGAGUUUGCGAAAGACCUCUUGAAGCUGGCGUCGAAGGUGAAGCAGAUGUUGGAACGGGAACCACGAGUAGUUUUCUUGCAAAGCCCCGCGUACGUAUUCGGAGAUAUCCACGGAAACUUGGAAGAUUUGCAUUUCUUCUCCGAUAAUAUAUGGAGGCUAGGGAUGAGCUUGACUGCAGGAAACUUUUUGUUCCUUGGCGACUAUGUCGACCGUGGGUUGAACUGCCUGGAAUGUGUGGCAUACUUGUUCGCCAUGAAACUCCAGCUUCCUGGUAAAGUGUUCAUGCUCCGGGGAAACCAUGAAACUCGGGACGUCAAUGGUUGGGAAGAACACUACGGUGAGCGCUCUUUCAUUUACCAGUGCCGCAAUCGAUUCGGCGACGAUCUUGGAUAUCGCCUAUGGGAGGCCUGCAAUCAGGUUUUUGACCGUCUGCCGCUAGCGGCAGUUAUUGACCAAGAUAUAUUUUGUGUCCAUGGCGGUAUUCCUCGCCCUGUGUCGUCUAGUACGACCCGUAUCCAAGACAUUCUGACCGUACCUCGGGUUGCCGGUAUCAACCCUCCCUACGAGCACGAAGACGACGAUUACCAACAGGUUGCUUCCGAUUGUGUUUGGUCAGAUCCCGCCUCGGAAGACCAAGAAAUGACAACGGUCGAUUUUGAAACAGGCUUUGGCGACUCUUUACGUGGUGGUGGCGCCAUUUGUUUCGGCAAUAAAGCGGUCACAGACUUUCUGCAGCAGCAGGACUUUUCUUACAUAAUGCGCGCACACGAAGCGCACGCCGAGGGUGUCGCGAUCAGCAAAGGGGCUCGGGUGUUUACUGUUUUUUCGACCAGCCAAGAUCACAAUCAAGGAUCGAACGCUAUGGCGGGUUGUAUCUUGGUCGACAACGACAAGCUACAAGUUAUCAAUAGGUCACCUGCGUAUAAAAACCAG